CAUUUGUGUAAAAACUGAGACAAUGGAUUGAGAUUAUUUUCUUGUCCUCCCAUCAUGCUGUAGAGAGAGCCCAGAUGAUGUCACUUCCUGGGUGUCACAGUUUUAAGAAAUCCUCUGAUUUUGAAAGGAGGAAAAUCGUGUCAGAAGUAACAGGGUUGAGUGAAUCAUGUAGGACACUGAUAAUAACACAUUUAAAGAUGCAGUCAGUCUAGACUUUGAGCAUGUGAACUUUCUACAGACACUGAAAUGAUCAUGAUAGGACGUGAUAUUUUUAUAAAAACAUAAAUAACCACUCCAAUGUUAAAAUAUACAAUCUACUCCACUUUACUGCAAACUUCACUUGAUUUACAUGCAUAUGAAUGGAGGUCAGAAAUGAUGCGUAUUGUGAAAAAGCGCAAUACAAAUGAGUGUGAAUUGACUUUAAAUGAAAAUUAAUAAUUUUGUCAUUGAUCAAAUAUGUUUAAUAGUUCUCACUACAGAAACAUGCUCUGUUUUAAAAAUAAAAUUUAUGUAAGUCUAGAUUUUCCUGCUAAAACAAAAGCUGAGAUCAAACACCCUGCAAUAAAACAAUAAAACUCACCCUGGAGAGAAGAUCUCAGAGAAAGAGCACAGGACACGCCUUGACCAAACUUUUCUCCUUGUUUAUCUGGUCAAUCCCCCCACCCCCUCUCCCUCCCUCAUCAAUUUAAAAUGCAAAAAAGAGGUUAAGUUCAAUACAAAAAUCAAUUCUGGUCUGGGUAAUUAAGUGAAGCUGGCAGCUUAGCCGCUUGGGAAAUUGGGACUUCUGUGAAUCCCACAGUCAGGUAUACAUUUCUUACACUUAGCAUUGAUUGCUCAAAGCAUACAUUUAAGUAUGUCUUAUUUUUAAUUAAAUUGGCUUCUAACUGUCUAGUUGGCAUAAUACAUUUUUACCUAACAAAAUGUUAUACUUUAAAAUUAAAUGACACGUUUUUUCUUUCAUUUCAGAGCUGAUGGAAGUGAAGGAGGAGAGUGAAGAACUGAGUGAAGUGGAGGAGGAACAUCAUGACAAACCUGGAGAAAAACCUUUGAGUCGCUCAAAGACUAAAAAGACUUUUUUAAAGAAAAGAGUCAAGAAAUCUACAACCUGCACUCAGUGUGGAAAGAGUUUCUCAUACAAAUGUCAAUUUGAGCGUCACAUGAGAGUUCAUACAGGAGAGAAGCCACACACAUGUGAUCAGUGUGGAAAGAGCUACAGUCAAUCAUCACACCUUAAAGAACACAUGAGGAUCCACACUGGAGAGAGACCGUUCACAUGUGAUCAAUGUGACAAAGUAUUUCUUAGGGAAUCAACCUUAAAGAAACACCUGACAGUUCAUACAAAGGAGAAGCCACAUUCAUGUUCUGUGUGUGGAAAGAGUUUUUCACAGCUGCAAUAUUUACAUGCGCAUCAGAAAACACACGCUGAUGUGAGAGAGUACAUGUGCUUUGAGUGUGAGAAGACGUUUACAACAGCAAGAUGUUUAAUACAGCACCAGAGAAUUCACACUGGAGAGAAACCUUACAAGUGUUCACAGUGUGACAAGAGAUUCAGUCAGUUAGCAAAUCUGAAAACACAUGAGAUGAUUCACAGCAGAGAGAAACCUUACAAGUGUUCACACUGUGACACGAGAUUCAGUCAGUCAUCAUCUCUGAAAACACAUGAGAGGAUCCACACUGGAGAAAAACCUUACAAGUGUUCACACUGUGACAAGAGAUUCAGCGUCUCAUCAAAUCUGAAAACACAUGAGAGGAUCCACACUGGAGAAAGAUCUUACAAGUGUUCACACUGUGACAAGAGAUUCAAUCAGUCAGGAACACUGAAAUCACAUGAGAGGAUUCACACUGGAGAAAAACCUUACAAGUGUUCACACUGUGACAAGAGAUUCAAUAAGUCAUCAUGUCUGAAAAGACAUGAGAGAAUCCACACUGGAGAGAAGCGGCACACGUGUGAUCAGUGUGGAAAGAGUUUCACUAUUAAAAAUCAACUAAAGAUACACAUGAAGAUCCAUGCUGUGGAGAAACCUACAACCUGCACUCAGUGUGGAAAGAGUUUCUCAACCAAACAAAAUCUUGAUGUUCACAUGAGAGUUCAUACAGGAGAGAAGCCGUUCACAUGUGAUCAGUGUGGGAAGAGCUUUACACAAAGAGGACAUCUUAAGGAACACAGGAGAGUUCACACUGGAGAGAAGCCCUUCACAUGUGAUCAAUGUGACAAAACAUUUCUUAGGUCAUCAGACCUGAAGAGACACCUGAGAGUUCAUACAAAGGAGAAGCCACAUUCAUGUUCUGUGUGUGGAAAGAGUUUUUCACUGCUGUGUAGUUUACAAAAACAUGAGAAAAUUCAUACUGGUGUGAGAGAGUACAUGUGCUUUGAGUGUGAGAAGACUUUUACUACAUGGAGCGAUUUAAAAAAGCACCACAGAAUUCACACUGGAGAAAAACCUUACAAGUGUUCACACUGUGACAAGAGAUUCAAUCAGUCAUCAUAUCUGAAAACACAUGAGAGAAUUCACACUGGAGAGAAACCUUAUAAGUGUUCACAGUGUGACAAGAGAUUCAGUCAGUCAGUAAAUCUGAAAACACAUAAGCGGAUUCACAGCAGAGAGAAGCUGCACACAUGUGAUCAGUGUAGAAAAAGUUUCACUAUUAAAAGUCACCUGAAGAUGCACAUGAAGAUCCAUGCAGUGGAGAAACCACAUCACCACAGUCUGAAAUGAAGUAGUUAAUUUUUAUGUGCUAAACAAAAAAAUCUCUUCUGUGUAAGUUAGCCACAGCCAAAUCUCUUCUCUCCAGCUAUAGUUGGCGCCAUGGGCAACAAGUUUUAUUUAUUUUAAUUUUUUUGCAGUUAGAAAACAUCUUUUUGUACCUGCAUCAGCAAAUUAUUCACAAAAAUUUUAAGCAAACAAGUUUAACCCUUUAACGACCCAGUGGUCCGCUGGCGGGACGAUAAACAAGUUGUUUUUUUAAAUGAAGAGUAUGCCAUCUAACUAAUCUUUAAUUAUGCUUGCAGUGAGUCGGUUAAAUGAAUUGCAAUAUUAAUUUAAUAAUAAAAGUAGCAUAAUAAUAACAAUAAUUUAACAGCCCUGUAUGCCCAUCCGCUAUACCCCAUUGUGAAGGGAUAAACGGUGUUCAGGCACGGCAUCAAAGCGAUUACCUGUUUAAUCCAAAUCCACAUGCGUGGACUGUUUAAUAUUCAGUACUGCAAUGUCUCUCCAGUCACAUGAUGUUUCUCAUGUGUUUUCAGUCGGCACAACAAAGAAACAUUUACUAGACUGUGGACUAGCUUUGCUCUAUGAACAGUCAGCCUGCAGCUGAAUUUUUGUGAUCACUGAAGCCCUGGGUAUACUUCGGCCGUUCGCGUUUGUGAAUUUGACGUUCAUAAUUUUCGUCAUGUGGCAGGCUUGUGGCCAGCCGCACACCCCGCCCGCAUGCGGCCCAAAUUUUGAGACCGCGCAGAUGGUGCACAUGCAACAGCGCAUGCGCAAGCAAGACGGAAGAGUCCACUAGGUGGCAAUACGCAGAGUACUGAGCACAAUGUGCAGUCGUCAAAGAAGAGUGUAAAAAGCGAUUCAAAAACAAGACAAAUAAACUCAGAUGCAUGCUUUCCCCAUCGUUUUUUAAUUCCUGUUCUCUUGGUGUAUCUUCUGAACUAUGUUGCAAUGGUGGAUGCACGGACACGACUGCACGCGAGACACGUCCAGGCGUGGAAAGUGAAGUAUAGCCAGGGCUUGAUGGUGCGCUGUCUUUCUGCACUCACGGUCAAAGAAUUAUCUUUGAAAGGCUUGGACACUCAACUGUGCGCGAGAUGGAGCAGAACGUGGGAAAUGACAUAUACCCGGGCCUUAACCACUCCAAAUUGUAGUGGACUGGAGCUGACGGCUCACUUUGGGAAAAAUACCCCCCCCAAUGUCCCCCAUGUUAUUAUGUCUAGACAUGUAGUUUAACUGUUGCUGGUUGAUGCGAGAGGCAUUCUGGGAUACCUGGCUGUCUCAAGUCCCCUCUCGAUGCAUCCUCGAUAAAAGUCGGAUCGAGAACACAUUCGGGGAUUUGAACUGUACUUGGCUAGAUGUGAACUUUGAAUUGGAUCAGUACUCGGGCAGCAACUGAUGACGUUUCACAAGAACAGACAAGAACGCAUAUUAAAUAAUGGAUAACUAAUGAAUGAAUGAGGCAUUUAUAUAGCACUUUACUAUGUACUACUGUACACUGUAAGUGCUUCACAAUUACAUCAGGGGUCGCUCCUCAUCCACAACCUGGAUAAUUCAACAGCAGACACAGAGCAACAGCACCAAGAUCAAAUCUGUGGUUUAUUGAUAAAGAAAGUGCCUAUUUGAAAAUUUGAUCUGACGUUGUCGGAGUUGUGAGAUCCAGACGAUCACUGGGCACUCAGCGCUCAUGUACCCCGCCGAGAGCAGCCUUACCUCGGCUAGUCCUUCUGAUGUUUGCCGCUGACUUUGAUGAAUCUGUAGUGGUUAAACAUGAGAUAUAAUUCAUCUUUUGUAUAUGUAACAGGCAAUCUUUGGUCUCAUUAAUCUAUAAUUUGUUCCCUGGAAAAUCGUUUUGGCUGAGGGUAAAGUUUCAUAACUUUAUA